AUGGGAUUCACCUGGGAAUUCAUGGAGGUGCAGGCCCACGGCAACACAAAGUUGCACGUGAUCCACACCAACGACUUGCACAAGGCGACGACCACCAUUGAGCAGUACGAGCGACACCUCCAGUUCGAGCGCCACAAGAUCGUCGGAGUUGAUGUGAAGUACACCAACGACCAUGGCGAAGAUCAGAAACCCGCCCUCGUCCAGCUCUCCAUUGGCAAGGAUCAUCCGGUGCUGCUCUUCCAACUGAGCGCGGCCGACAAGAACUGCACCAAGUUCGACAACUUCCUCGCGGACCCCAGGUAUACGUUUGUUGGCUUCUCCAUCGACGACGACAUAGAGAUGCUCGGCCGCGUCGGACUGGAGAUCGCCCACUUCGUCGACACCCAGAAGGAAUGGAGGGUGCCUACAGCUACCAAGCCUCUGGACUCCCUUCGGGAGGUAUCAGGCAUCCUUGUCCACGACGUAGAGCUCACCAACGCAGAACGCAGCCGCUGGGCGUGCAUGCCCCUGUCCAUGAGCCACAUCGAGUACGCGGCAAAGGACGCUUACGCUGCGUACGAGAUAUGGAGCCGCCUCACCAUCAUCCAAGAAGGGUUUCGCCGGGCAAAACUCGACAAGGAGCAGACCAGGAAGCGCGCUAGGUCCUGUGGCGACUACGACUACUGA